UGGAUGAUGUAUGAAUGAUAUUUAUGUAUUGUGUGAAGUGGCGAUUGUAAGCCAACUCUUUAUCCCAUUCUUGUUCAUUACAUGGGAUUGUGUGAAGAUGACCCUUCUUGCGACAAAACCACUAUGCGGUUAUGCCUCUAAGUCGUGCCCCGACACGUGGGAGAUAUAGCCGCAUCGUGGGCGUUACACCACCAUCUUAUAAAAUAACUGCAGCCUGAAACAAACUAUCUACACAUAAAGGAGGCUCUUGUCGGUCGUGAACAUCGUCGCUGGUGAACCUUCUCCUGUUUGGCACGUCAACUCCUUUUGUUUACCCUCAAAACAAUGGCAUACGAUAUGCUCCAUGAGAUUAGCAAUCAGAAGGAUUCCUGGAAAGUCAAGGUCAGAAUAAUUAGGCUAUGGGAUGCCAUUAAUCUCGACAACAAUGAACUUAUUAGCCUUGACAUGAUACUACUUGAUGAAGAGGGUACUAUGAUACAUGGCAAGGUAAUGAAGCAUAUGGUUAACAAGUUCAGACCAUUGAUCCAAGAAGGUUUAGUCUACAUGAUAGCAAAUUUUAAGGUUAUGUCUGCAAUGAAUUUCCGUCCAGUUGAAAGCGAAAAGGUUCUAAAUUUCUUGCACACGACAAAAAUUCAAGAGAUAAAAGGUCAAAAAAAUAUCAAAAUAGCAGAACAAAUACACAGGAUUUCAGAGUUGCACCCAAGCUAUAUGUCAAUGCAGUACCCCUUGCUUUUUCCAUAUGGAGAAGAUGGUUUCAGACCAGAAAUAGAGUAUGAAAAUAAAAGAGGCAGCAAAGGUAAAAGAAAGUAUGUAACAAUGCUGGAGUUUUAUGCGUAUCGCAUACAACAACGUCUGAACCAAGCUUCAACAUUGCAAAUGAGUGGACGUUUGUUCCUGCAGUUCUUAGUUGAUGCAGCAACGUGCAUUGAACAGUGGAGACUAAAUUGGUACAGGACAAACCAAGGUAAGUUGAGGACAGAACUGUACAGAGGACUGCAUGAUGCAAUAGAAAAUGGAGAUACACGAACCGAACAAGUUGGAGAAAGACUCAUACUACCCUCAUCAUGUAAUGACAGUCCAAGAAAUAAGCAGCAAAACUACCAAGAUGCCAUGGCGAUUUGUCGUUGGGCUGGCUAUCCUGAUCUCUUCAUUACUUUUACAUGCAAUCCAAAAUGGCUGGAAAUACAAGAUAUGUUGGAUCUGAUUCCAGGCCAGAAACCUGAAGAUCGUCCAGAUAUCGUUGCCAGAGUAUUCAUGUUAAAACUGAAGGAACUUAUGAAUGACAUAAAGAACGGAAAGUGUUUUGGACAAACAAUUGCAAUUGUCUACACUAUAGAGUUCCAGAAAAGAGGCCUCCCGCAUGCACACAUACUGGUGUUUCUACACCCAGAUGAUAAAGAUACAAGUCCUUCCCAGAUCGACAAAAUCAUAUCAGCCGAAAUUCCUGAUAAGAAUAGUGAUCCAGAAGGGUACGAAGCAGUGCAAAAUUACAUGAUACAUGGUCCAUGUGGUCAAGCACACCCAAAAUCACCAUGCAUGGUUGAUAAAAGUUGUGCCAAACAUUUCCCCAAGAAAUUUUGCACUGAGACUACCAUAGAUGAAGAUAACUAUCCAGUAUAUAGAAGGCGAGAUGAUGGCAACACUGUGGACAAGAAUGGAGUGAAGCUAGACAAUAGAUUUGUUGUGCCAUACAAUAGAAACCUACUGAUCAAGUAUCAAGCCCACAUAAAUGUUGAGUGGUGCAACAGAUCAAGGUCUAUAAAGUAUUUAUUCAAAUACAUCCACAAAGGAGAAGAUCGAACAACCGUCUUGAUAGAAGCGGAAGACCAACAAAGUGAAACAAGAGCUAGCAAAUUAACAAACAGGGACGACGAAAUCAAGAGGUACCUUGAUGCCCGGUACAUAUCUGGAUGUGAAGCCGCAUGGCGAUAUUUCAGUUUCCUCUUCAGUACAGAGAGCCUGCGGUUGAAAGGUUACAAUUUCACCUAGAAAAUGAACAUGUUGUGGUGUUGCCGGACUCAAUGGAUUUAGAUCAAAUUGUAUCCCGACCUAACAUAGAAAAGACAAUGUUCACAGAAUGGAUGACAGCCAACCAGUUGCAUGAAGAAGCUCGCAGUUUGACGUAUGCACAGUUUCCAACCAAAUGGACUUGGCAUGCACAAGAGAAAGAAUGGAGGAAAAGGCGUGGUGGAAAAAAAGACCAUAGGCAGGAUUUACUAUGCACAACCAACGAGCGGUGAAAAAUACUACUUGAGAAUGUUGUUAAAUACCGUCAAAGGAUGCAGAUCAUAUGAAGAAAUUUGAACAGUUGAUGGGGUUGUACAUCCAACAUUCAAAUCCGCAUGUUAUGCUCUUGGGCUACUUAAUGACGCUAAAGAGUGGGAUGACUGCAUCAAGGAAGCAUCCCAUUAGGCCUCUGCUCCUCAAAUGCGCCAACUUUUCUGCACAAUACUUUUAUUUUGUGAGGUGACGGAUCCCGCAAAGUUGUGGCAAACAAAUUGGGAGUUACUAUCUGAGGAUAUCCAACGUCGGCAAAGAAGAAUAUUCAAUUUUCAGGCCCUGGAACUCAACUCGGCACAAAUAAAGAGCCUGCUCCUGGCAGAGAUAGAACAACUAUUGACUAAAGGUGGUAAGUCCCUCAAAGAUUUUCCAGGAAUGACACUACCAGAUAGUUCAGUUCUUCAAGAUCUAAAUAUUAGAUUAGUAAAUGAGGAACUAAACUAUGAUAAAGAUUCUUUAAGAAUAGAACACAUGAAGUUACUGCAUAAGCUAAAUCAGGACCAGAGGAUGGCUUUUGAUGUUAUAAUAGAAUCAGUCAACGACAGUCUUGGAAAAAUGAUUUUUGUUGAUGGAUAUGGUGGAAAUGGAAAGACAUUUCUGUGGAAAGCAGUCAUGACAAAAUUAAGAUCUGAAGGAAAAAUAGUUCUAGCAGUUGCUUCAAGUGGUAUAGCAGCAAUUCUUUUACAGGGUGGAAGAACAGCUCAUUCAAGAUUUCACAUUCCCCUCAAGAUCACUAACGAGUCCACAUGCAACAUCAAGCAAGGAGCUAAUAAAGAAAACAUCACUGAUAAUAUGGGAUGAAGCACCUAUGACACACAAGCAUUGUUUUGAGGCACUAGAUAAGAGUUUGAGAGACAUACUUCGAUUCACAUAUGAGGACGCAGAGCAUAGACCAUUUGGAGGAAUGACAGUAGUCUUGGGAGGUGACUUCAGGCAAAUCCUACUAGUUAUACCAAAGGGGAAAAGGGAACAUAUCAUUUCUGCAUCAAUAAAGAAAUCCUACCUAUGGAAGAACUUUGAGGAGUACCGACUCAAAGAAAAUAUGCGUCUGAAUUCAUCCGAAGGUAGUCCAGAAGAGAAAGCAAAAACAUCUGAAUUCGCAAACUGGAUACUAAACAUAGGCGAUGGCACAACGUCAACAAUAGAUGAAGAGGAUUGGGUUAGCAUCCCAGAGGACCUUAUUUUACAUGAAGGGGAUGACCCGAAAGCAUCUAUUGUUAACACCACCUAUCCUGACUUACACAGAAAAUACACUGAUAGAACAUACCUUGUGGAAAGAGCGAUCUUGUGCCCAGGAAACGAGACUGUUGACCAGAUUAAUGCCUACAUCAUGUGUUAAAUCCCUGGAGAAGAGGUAACCUAUUUCAGUUCAGAUGCAACAUGCAAGGCAAUGUCUACGGUGGAAGAUGAAGAUAUGUUGUACCCAACUGAGUUUCUGAAUAGUCUUACAUUUUCUGGAAUACCAGACCAUGAACUGAGGCUGAAAGUAGGAUUACCAAUAAUGCUUAUGAGGAACAUCAAUCAAAGUGCGGGACUUUGCAAUGGGACAAGACUAAUAAUAACACAGCUAGGAAAGCGUUUCAUUGAAGGCCAGGUCAUAACAUGUCCUAACGUUGGUGACAAAGUUUACAUCCCACGAAUUAUCAUGUCACCAAGUGAUUCAAAAUGGCCUUUCAUUCUGAAAAGGAGACAAUACCCAAUAUCAGUGUGCUUUGCUAUGACUAUAAACAAAAGCCAGGGGCAAUCUCUCAAAAAAGUUGGACUCUACUUAGAAAGGCAAGUGUUCACACAUGGACAACACUAUGUUGCAAUGUCAAGGGUGACCAGCAGAAAUGGAUUGAAGAUACUCAUCUCAGAUGAAGAGCGUCCAUCCGACAAGGUUGCAAAAAACAUUGUUUACAAGGAUAUAUUAUAGAUUUUGUUACAAGCAUUCUGAUAUGACUAAAUAUAAUGUGAUGCAGACAUAGCAGCCUUAUUUGGUUUCAAAUUGAUAUAUCUGAAAUAUUUUAACA